AUGUCACUUUGUAUCCAACAAAAAGAAGGCACAAAUUUCCAAUUUUUACUGCCUAGUUUUGCGAUUGAACAAGGUAAUAAGAAAUUGAAAUCUAUAGGGCACCAGGUACUGAAUCAAACGAUUAAAGAUAUAAAUGUGAGUAGACAUUAUUUUAUUAAACGCCCCAAAAAAGUUGAUAUAAAGGUAGAUGGCACGCCACUUGAGAAUAAUUUACAUAAUCGACCACAAUCAACACUUGUAAGGCUAUACCAUACAGCCAAUUUUGAGUCAAGAGAGCGUAUAAAGAAACAAGCUGGUGAAUAUUGGUCGAUGGGGAAGUUGCAACUGGAAAUCCGGGAAAUGCAUGAUCCAUAUACUUUUUCAAGUAUUUUGCAUGAAAUGAAGAAGAAGGAAAUGGAAAGGGAAAGGGAAAUGGAAAAAAAAAAUGCAUCAGACAUAGAGGAGGGUGAAGUUGAAAUUGACAAAAGCACAAACUGCUACAGUUUGUCUGAAAAUGAGGUGGUGGACCAGAUCAAUUUAGAGGGUGACGUGGACCAGAUCAAUUUAGAGGGUGACGUGGACCAGAUCAAUUUAGAGGGUGAGAUGGACCAGAUCAAUUUAGAGGGUGAGAUGGACCAGGUCAAUUUAGAGGGUGAGAUGGACCAGGUCAAUUUAAAAGAUGUAGCAUCACGAGAUGACCUAGAAAAGUGUUAUUCAAGAGAAAUAACGUUUGGGAAACGUGAGAGACUCAAACAAGAAAUUGACAAGUGGAUCAAAAUUAUACAUUCUGAGAAAUCGCAUACUUUGAAACAUGAGGGCAAUAUUCUAGAAGAGGAGUUUGUAUCUGAUAGCAUUGCCGAUGGGAAAAACGACGAAUACUAUGAUAUAGAAACGAGUCAUGUGGGGAAACGAGCAAAACUCAAACAAAAAGUUGAUACAAUUGGAAAAUGGGUGUUUUAUCACGGGUUGGCUUCGCUGCCCUCUACUACUUCGGGUCUACUGAAUCGUGAGGAGUCAUAUAAUGACGCAUUGUUGGAGAUUGGACUGCUGGAUAUUAAAUCAGGUAAUGGCGCAUUGUUAGAGAUUGGACUGCUGGAUAUUGAGUCAGUAGAUGCCAAUACUACGAAACUGGACUGA